AUGGAUACAAUGGUCAUUUUAACUCCAACAAAAUCUACAACACCUCACAGGUAAGAAUAACCUACCACGCAGACGUUUUUAGGGGAUCCUAGGGGCUUCAUCGGGUUACUGCCCCACGAACGUGGAAAAGGUACUCAUGACGAGGACCCUAAGAAAGGCUUUGGUAGAUUGUGCUAGCAUAAUUUAAAGCAUAAUUCAGCAAAACGAGCAUUAUUUUAAGCUUUUAUUUCAGUUUAGCACUGCUAGCAUAAUCCGAGCUUUUAUGCGUUGAAAACAAAAAAAACCCAUCAUAGCUCUAGAACAAUUCAGUUUGUAUUUUAUUUCUGUAUUGUUUUUGGAAAAUAUUGAGGUCUGUGCUAAGGUCAGUAAAACGGGCAACAAAAAUGGCAACUUGUUUUGCAGCACUGCAUCAAAACGAGUUAAAAAUCGAUGUUGCGCGUUUUGCUACCCACAUUCAAACAUGUCUUGCAGCAAAUCAGGUUGCUGCAGGUUGCGAAAAGUUGUUGCAGAAAGUAGAGAGUAGUUCUACUUUUAGCAACAAAACCCGUACAUGUUGCGCGUUAUACCGGCCCAGGCCAAAAUUGUUUUCAGCAAGUGACGUAACUCCCGUGCCGUGGCGUGAACUCCCCCGUACUUUUAUCCAAUCAUGAUCAGAAGUCAGUAUUCACGCAACUUGCAGCAAACUUUAUUUGUUAGAAGACAGGUUUGAACGUGGGUGGUGAAACGCGCAACAUCGCUAUUCAACUAGCUUUGCAGCAAUGUUGCAAAACAAGUUGCACGUUUUCGUAGCUCGUGUUACCGUACCUUUAGGUAAGAAUUAUUUUAAUCUUUUCUAAAUACUAAACUGAAAAUAAAAACUGAAAAUAUAACAGCCUCGGGUAUCCCUUAGAUUAAAAACAAAACACAAAGAACAAUAAGGAUGCAAGGAAAAUGUAUAGUUUUGGUUAAACUUGACGUUUAAAUCGCCGUUGUUGGUUAAAAUAGAUAGGUAUUGUGUCCUGGUGCUGGUAUAGUUUAACAGUGUCUUCUCCAUCUCUUUCGACCAGCAAAUCCUAGAAUUGUCUUUUUCUAGAAACUUGAAUCCCGGAAUCUAAAAAAGGUCUUACACUAGGGAGUUUGCCAGCCGGGAAUUAGAACUUACUGGAUGGCGUCUUCCACAUUUACUUAGCUGGGUUAACUUUUUGUUAUUCUGAUUAAAGGUAAGGUAAAAAAGGCCCAAACGGCUGGAGCUUAGCCACGAUUCCUUAACAUGAAAUAUGCCUAGGAGUAUUGCUACUCCCCCCCGGACAAGAUGCUAGUACAUCGCAGGGUUACCCCCCAGCAGUAUGUCGCCGGAAGAGAGACAAAGUCCUUGUCUAUAAGGGAAUAACGCGACGGGCGAGGCCUGAAUCCCGGGCCUCCAGAUGCGGAUUGCGAGGUGUUAACCGCUGGGCCACACACGUCUCCAUGUUAUUCUGAGUAACAGUUACUUAUUUAUUCAAAAUAUUUCUACCGGCAAACUUUUUCAUUUCUCUAACCUGCUUGAGAUGACCAAAUUUGAGGGAUGUUUGUAGUUAUUUCAGCACUGACGUCUGUCGCUAACGUCAAGGAUGGAAUAUAGAAAAUUGUCCACGAAUGACGUUAGGUAAGACAGCAGCGCAGCAGGUUAGUUGUUUUUGCAGGGAGUGGAAAAGCAAAAAAGAAUGAAAGCGAAGACGAAAGAGCCAAAAGACCAGCAAAUAAGGGGAGCAGGAAUACGCUAAAAUACUAUGCACUGGAUAUCAACUGCUUUUCAAAAAAUAUCUUAAUGAAAAAAUCCGUUCAUUUUCUUUAACGCUGAUGACCCGUGGACAAUGUUGUGAAGAAGCUAAGGUCUACGUGGAGGUAUUGUAAUGAUGUUUUGAGUUGGAAGGCUCGUCUUAUACCCUCAGGGAUCGGCAUAACUCUUCAUGUUAAAAGAAAGCUGUAUUCAAUAAUUAUUUAUUAAUUAUUUUUCAUAUGUGAGUUGUAAAUGUGUUGUAGCAAUAAGGCGCAUUUGUAUUGAACGGUAGACCUCGAGUUCUGGAGGGCAAAGUUGAAUUUCAAUUCAUCGAAAUUAUUUGAAAAAAUGACACAUGUAUGACAUUUUCAGGUGUACUCUGCCGUCCGCGUAUAAUAACUGGUCACCAUGGGCCUGGAACUGGUGGCUUACUCAGCCAAAACAUGACGUCAUCAAAGAAGAAACAGAGCGAGAAGGAAAACAAACCGCUGACAACAAACAGCAGACA